AUGGAAAACGAAGAAUACAAUGCAACAUCCCUAGUAGAAAAAACAGUAGAUAACAAAGAAAAAAGCAUCGAUAAUGACGAGAAUGUGAAAACUGAAAAAAUUAAAAAAAUACACGAGGAUAAUUCAAGUUUAGAAUCAAGUCUAGAAUCUGACAGUGAUAAUUCAGAAAAAUUUGAAAAGUUACUAAAAAAUGCUAAAGUAGUUAAUAUUUCGAGUUUCAAUAAAAAUGAAGAAUACAUUAAAAAAUUUGGUGAUGACAUCAACAGGUUGAGAAAAGCGGAAUACGAAAACAUAUUUACACAGAAUGAGCUUUUAAGAAAUGAUUUUUUGAACCAUGAAAAAUUAACAAAAGAGGUUCAAAAUUCUUUGGAAGACGCAAAGUAA